CUGUGCGGAUCCAGCCCGGCAGAGACCAGCACUGAGCGAUGCCGGAGCUGAGCUGCAUCGUCCGAGCGAGGGGCGGGCAGGCAGGGGCGGGCGCUGGCAAGCCGGUGCCUUUGUCCAAGCUCGUGUCCGGGAGUGACCGGCGUCAGCACCCCCUUAGGUUACGCGGAGCCUGCUUCCGCCUCUCAGAGGCUGGGCACCUGCGGCAAGCAGAGCGGAUCAGCUGUUAGGGGCACCCCCCCGCCCCGCAGCUGUUGCACAGACGUGCACUAUUUUCACAGGCUCCCUCCCUCUGGGCACGGCUCAUGCCGGAGGGGCCGCGGGCCGGCACGGAUUAGCUCUGCGGCCCCCGAGGAGCGCUCUGCAGGGACACACGGAGCCGCCCCAUUCGUGACUCGCCGCAUCCAGCCUUCUCCGCUCCGCCGCACGUGCUCGGGACCGCGGCGCCAGGCUCGCCAGCCCUCCUGCGCAGGCACCGCCGAGCAGUGCACUGCGUUGCUCCACGUGCGCUCAAAACUCACCCUGGCUCGUCUGUCCCGCCCCGGGCCUUGCGGCGGCAGCUCCCGGCGCCCGCGGACCCGCACCUGCCCGGGGACAAGUGACCACGUGCGACCCCGCGGGAUGGAAAGGGGGGAGGGGGGCAAAGACCACAGCACCCCUCGCGCAUCGUGUCCCCCAGGCGGCCGGGACCGUGAGCCCAGCCCCCGUUUUGCGCGGGCCUGGCGGGCAAAUGAAGAGGCGGGAAGCGCGGGGCUCCCCGCGAACACCUCGCGGGCGACAAGCCGGGCACAGCACCGACCCCUUCCCGCGCCGCGCACACUCCGAGCGCCGCCGCGGCUGCCUCCGGGGGAGAAGAUGCCGCCGCCGCCGCCUCCCUUCCCGUCCCCGGCGCUCGCUCUCCGCCCGCCCCCCGGCUCUGCCGUCCCCCGCCCCGCGCAGGUCUCCGUGCCCGGCUUGCGCAGGAGGCAGGAGCUCGGUGCAGCGCCAGAGGGAGCCGCGGCGGCGCCCGCCCCCUCAUCCGCCCCGAGCGCCGCCGGGCAGGACGCGGGGCACAGCCCGGCCCGGCACAGCUCGGCGCCCCGGAGGGAGGGAGGGAGGGAGCGGCGCGGGCGGCACGUCGCGGCCCGGCCCGGGGGGCGCCUCUGCCAUGCCUGCGCGGGUGCUGAGUUAUUGGCACUUGGCGAAGUGAGGAGCCGCCGCAGCCCGCCAGCAUGUCGGCCGCACCCGCCGCCGCCCUGGACUUCGUGGCGGUGGAAAGUUUCCUGGACCGGCACCCGGAGCUGGUGGAGAAGUGGCUCAAGAGGAGGAAGCAGCUGAGCCCAGCGCCUCCCGGAAGCGCCGGCCCCGGCCCCGGCCCCGGCCCCGGCGGUGCGGACGAGCGCAGGAGCAGCGUCUGGGCCGGGGCCGGGGAGGCGGGCGAGCUGCAGCGGAGGGCGUCGCAGAAGGAGCUGCGCCAGAGCUUCGCCCGCUCCAAGGCCAUCCCGGUCAACCGCACCUACGACGAGCACGUGCACGGCCGGGCCCAGGAGCCGCUGAGCAGCAUGAGGCGCCGCGCGCUGCUGCGCAAGGCCAGCUCCCUGCCGCCCACCACGGCGCACAUCCUCAGCGCCCUGCUCGAGUCCCGCGUCAGCCUGCCCCAGUACCCGCCCAGCGCGCUGGACUACAAGCGCCACCUCAAGGAGCACAACGAGCGGCAGUUCUUCCUCGAGCUGGUCAAGGACGUCUCCAACGACCUGGACCUCACCAGCCUCAGCUACAAGAUCCUCAUCUUCGUUUGCCUGCUGGUGGAUGCGGACCGCGGCUCCCUCUUCCUGGUGGAGGGCGCCGCAGGGGGCAAGAAGAGCCUGGUGUCCAAGGUCUUUGACGUGCAUGCAGGGACCCCGCUGCUGCCCUGCUGCAGCACCGAGAACUGCAAUGAGGUGCAGGUGCCCUGGGGCAAGGGCAUCAUCGGCUAUGUGGCGGAGCACGGCGAGACAGUCAACAUCCCUGAUGCCUACCAGGAUCGUCGCUUUAAUGAUGAAAUUGACAAACUGACUGGAUACAAGACAAAAUCAUUGUUGUGCACGCCCAUUAGAAACAGCGAUGGAGAAAUUAUUGGUGUUGCCCAAGCGAUAAAUAAGACGCCUGGAGGUGCCCCUUUUACAGAUGAUGAUGAAAAAGUGAUGCAGAUGUAUCUCCCAUUCUGUGGAAUUGCCAUAUCUAAUGCCCAGCUAUUUGCUGCUUCAAGAAAGGAAUAUGACAGAAGCAGAGCUUUGCUGGAGGUGGUUAAUGAUCUCUUUGAGGAACAGACAGACUUAGAGAAAAUUGUCAAGAAAAUCAUGCACCGGGCCCAGACUCUGUUGAAGUGUGAACGCUGCUCAGUGUUACUUCUGGAGGACAUUGAAUCACCAGUGGUGAAAUUUACAAAAUCAUUUGAGCUGAUGUCUCCAAAAUGCAGUGCCGAUACUGAGAACAGUUUCAAAGACAGUAUGGAGAAAUCAUCAUCUUAUUCUGACUGGCUAAUAAAUAAUAGCAUUGCUGAGCUAGUAGCUUCUACGGGUCUUCCAGUGAACAUCAGUGAUGCAUAUCAGGAUCCUCGCUUUGAUGCUGAAGCUGACCAGAUUUCUGGCUUUCACAUAAGGUCUGUUCUUUGUGUUCCUAUAUGGAAUAGCAAUCACCAGAUAAUUGGCGUAGCUCAAGUGCUGAAUAGGCUUGAUGGGAAGCCUUUUGAUGAUGCCGAUCAGAGACUAUUUGAGGCUUUUGUUAUUUUUUGUGGCCUGGGUAUCAACAACACAAUAAUGUAUGACCAGGUGAAAAAAUCAUGGGCAAAACAAUCUGUGGCUCUUGAUGUACUGUCUUACCAUGCAACGUGUUCAAAGGCAGAAGUUGACAAAUUUAAGGCAGCAAACAUCCCACUGGCAUCAGAACUUGGCAUCGAUGACAUCCAUUUUGAUGAUUUUUCACUUGAUGUGGAUGCCAUGAUUACUGCAGCCCUCCGGAUGUUCAUGGAGCUUGGAAUGGUUCAGAAAUUUAAAAUUGACUAUGAGACAUUGUGUAGGUGGCUUUUGACAGUUAGGAAGAAUUAUCGAAUGGUUCUGUAUCACAACUGGAGGCAUGCUUUCAACGUGUGCCAGCUGAUGUUUGCAAUGUUAACUACAGCAGGAUUUCAGGAGAUUCUGACUGAAAUUGAAAUUUUAGCUUUGAUUGUGGGAUGUUUAUGUCAUGACCUUGACCACAGGGGAACCAACAAUGCCUUCCAAGCCAAGAGUGGAUCAGCUUUGGCUCAGCUUUAUGGAACCUCUGCUACCUUGGAACACCAUCAUUUUAAUCAUGCUGUCAUGAUUCUUCAAAGUGAGGGUCACAACAUCUUUGCUAACUUGUCCUCCAAGGACUAUAGUGACCUUAUGCAGCUUCUGAAGCAGUCAAUACUGGCAACAGACCUCACUCUGUAUUUUGAGAGAAGGACUGCAUUUUUUGAACUUGUCAGUAAAGGUGACUAUGACUGGAAUGUCAAAAGCUACCGUGAAAUAUUUCAAUCAAUGCUAAUGACAGCCUGUGACCUUGGAGCUGUGACCAAACCGUGGGAGAUUUCAAGACAGGCAACUGAACUGGUAACCAGUGAGUUCUUCGAGCAAGGAGACAGAGAGAGAUCUGAACUCAAACUAACCCCUUCAGCUAUUUUUGAUCGGAACAGAAAAGAUGAACUGCCCAGGCUGCAGCUGGAAUGGAUUGAUAGCAUCUGCAUGCCCUUAUACGAGUCUCUAGUAAAGCUGAACAUGAAGCUGAAGCCCAUGCUGGAUUCAGUGGCAACAAACAGAAGUAAAUGGGAGGAGCUGCACCAAAAAAGACCUCUCUCUCAAGCAGCAGCCUCCUCUUCCAGCUUUACUGUGUCUCUUGAAGACUUUAAUUAAGCCUGCAAAUGCCAGCCAUUGUGGUGCUGAGAGCUGUCUGAAAGGCUUUCUUUAGCUUAGUUCCAUCAAUUGGAAAAAAAACUUAAAACUUUCACAGACAUACUUAAUUGACUGGAUGUUAUCUCGAUGACAGUGGUUGCUUUUGCCUGGACAUUCAGUGGGCCCGGAAAGAAGGCCUAUGUUGAUUAGGGUUAUGUUGAUAUCAAGUCACAGGGAAGCUAUAGUACAAGAAGCAUUCAUUCAGCUCCACUACCUUUCAGCUGCGGCUGUAAAAAUCACACAAAGCUGACUAUGGACUGAGAUACAAGAACUUACAGCUUCAUAAAAUUAAUAAUACAGAACAGAAAGGGAAUGCGCAUUGGUCAAUUCAUAUGCAAGGAGCUGGAGGAGAAGAGAAUAGUGUGUAAUUACCUUGUUGUUUUGCAUCUCUCUGGUGUUCAUUAUGAACCAAUAAUGCCUGCAAUUGUGAUGUUUCUCUCUUACUCUUUCCUCCUCUUUUAUGCUUGAAUGUUCUGAAAAGCCUGCUUUAUAUUCUACAGAAGUAUUUUUUUACAACAAAGUUCCUUGUUGAUUGAUCAGGACCUUUAGAAUUGCCUCUCUUUGCUACCUUUAAAAACAAACUUUAUUAUCUUGAAAAAUAUCAACUGUCCCAGCUCUCCUAAGAAAUUAAGAAUAACAAUUCUGUAAAUUACCCAGCAAGUAGGAAUUUGUGCAAAGGCAAAACUACUGCAUGAUAUAUUUUUAGAAACACUCCUUUAAAAUAUUAAUGUUACUUUGCACUGUCGCCUAAGUAAAGUACUAAUGGACGUUAACAAAAACAGGAUAAAAAGGAAAUCUGUUGCCUUGUGCUACAGAAGCUGUGUUGCAGAGUGCACCGUGGAUAUGCCUUUCUGAUAUAAUUUCCAAAUGAAAUUAAUAUUUUGACUGUUACCCAACAGAAAUGGUGGAGAAAUGUGUACCAUCAUGCUGAACAUUGACUGCCUCUUCUUUCUCUUGCCAGCUGCUGCUUGCUUAAAAUUUAAGUCAACGUCCUGUUACAGUUACUGAAAGCAAGUCAACAAUCAUAUGCACAUAUAUGGGAUAGAGUUGUUUGUAACACUUUAAUCAAACAUCAUAGGUCAAGAAGCCAAACAUCAAGUUCUCACUAAUAUUAUGUGACCUCUCCAUUAUGGCAGAGAUUGCUGGCAACCUAUGAUUUGAGGCUGUGCACGCCAUUCUGAGCACCUGAAUACCUGAGGACCCAUAUUAAAAUACUUAGGACUUGACACACAGAAAAUUGUUCCAUUCAAAAAAGAAAUAAAAAAACAAACAUACUAAUGGCCCACUCUUUUGGCCAUUAGUUCCUGAAGUUCCUGAAGAAAGUUAUUUAGAAAAUAGGAAUGCCCACAGGCACUCACAUAAGAAAUGAAAGCCAGAUUCAGAGCUCAGUUAUACCUGCAUAUACCGGAACAGCUACACUGACUUUGGUACAAUUGCUCUGGACUGGCAGAAUCUAGCCCAUAUGACUUGAUGUGCAAAAGAUCUCAGUCCCCAACACAAUGUCUCCCAUCCAGGCAUUUAUGGCUUGUGUAUACUAAGCACUUUCUAGAAAGCUGACCAGUGCUGUGUAAUUGAUAAUUAAACAAAUGAGAACUUAUUUAAAAGCUCUGUGCUGCUACUAAAUUGUGUAGACAGCAUACAUGGGAGAUUCCAGGACCACUGCAAAAUCUAAGCUACUGAAUCAUAGUAGUCUUUUCUACCAAAGAGAAAUGGGGAAGGGGAGAAAUCUAUGAAUACAAGCACUGUUUGAACUUGUUUCUAUUACCAUUCUCCUUCCACAAUAAAUAUAGAGCUGGGAUAGUCUACUGCAAGCUUGUAUAAAACUUAUUUAUAUAAUGCAUGCUUUAUGGGAAAAGCAGACAUCAUGAUCGACAUAGUACUGUUGGCAGCUUCACAGAGCUUUCCUGAAUUUUGAUAUUGCAUAUCGCUAAAUAUAACAUAAUUUAUAGUACACAUACCCUACAGCUCCUCCAAGGUUGAGUUCUCUUAUUUCCUUUCCUUUUUAUUGGCUUCAGUGCACUGUUGCCCCUAGCAACACUCACUGGCAGUGAUGGGAAUUCAGCAUUACUGCAACCUGACAUACAGUUGAGGCCCUAACAAUGUCAACCAUCAAUCAGUCGGCUGCUUAUAAUUGCCUCCAUCUAUUUCUCCUGUCUUGUGGUAUCCUUCUUAUUGUGGGUCAAAUUCAGAAACUGCUGACUAAUGUUACGAUUCUGUUCCUCCGUUGCAAAAAAAGGAAUAAAAGAGCGCAUGCUUGGAUCCUCCUGCAAUUCUCUUCUCAGGAAACAAAAAACCUCUGCUGAAACCAGUAGAUUGUACUGGUGUGUCUGAAAAUAGAAUUUGGCCUCUGCUGUUUUUUUAAACUUCAAUUUAAAAAGGCUUCAGCGUGUUUCCUUAGGGAAGCACACGUACACACAUCUCUUACCAUUAAAGUAUUCAUGUUUUUGGCUCAAAAUCCUGGCGGUGUUUUUGAAGCAAGGGAACAUUUUGUACAGAAAUAAUGUGUCAUAUUGUUUCUCACAAUUAGGAUGGUAGCGGGUACACCGUCCCUGUUUGUCAGAUUCAUUUAUACAGAUUUUGGCAACUGUUCAUUGUUUUGGUGCAAAAGCAGCUUUUCUUGAGGGAAUGAAGUAUUUUUCCAGAACUUUGAGCCAUUUUGUAAACCUAUUCCAGUAAAGACUGUAAUGAACUCACUGUAAAACACAGUCUAAGCUCAAAUUCUGCUCUGCUCAUUACUCUGCCCUUUGAACAGGCAGAGAUUACCUGGCACAGAAAUCAGAUUGGUUCUGCUGCACGAGUGGGAAAGACAGGAUUUUUCACAUGAGAGGGUCCGUAGUAGACAGACUACACUGUUAACCAGACAGCAGAACUACUCUGCUGGAGAUGCCCAAUGCACAGCUCAGUAUUUAGUCUGGUAAAUAGGAGGAUCUUCAGUCAUUCGUCCAUUCCAUGCCUUCCAUGGAAUUUUUGCCUAAAGUGAUAACUAACAUUUGUCUAUAUUUGUGGCCCAAUAUUACAAGGUACUAAGUAUGUAGAUCUCAUAAAGUCCAUUGGGGUAUUUCAUGGGAUGUGCGAAAUUUCAACGGGUGUUUCAUUUCGAAGCUGUUUUGAGCUCGAAACAGCAAAAUCAAAAUGAAACAAAAGGCUGGAAAAUCGAACCGGGAGCUGGGGGGAAGCAAACUGGGAGCUGGGAAGAUGUUCAGGUUCCUAAACAUUUCCCCAUUUCCCGGUUGGAUUCCCCAGCCCCCUGAUCUUUCUCCCAGCUUUUCCAGGGGGGCACGGGCCCUCAGAUGAUGCAGGAUAACAGCAGGCUGCCAUUGCCAGGAAGUGAUACAAGUUUUGCUUUGAACAUUCUGAAGUUCAGUUUCCCAGAAACCCCUGCACCUAUCUCCCUGAAACUUGGCAGGCUCCAUGCCCUCAGAAGGGGCUACCAACCCUGCAAUUUUCAUCUGAAUCAGGCAAGAAUGACAAAGUUAUAGGCAGUUUCAUGAUUCCCCAUUAUAGCCUAUGGGUGAAACAUUGAAACAGCAAAACAAUUUCGACAAAAUGAAAUGGAACAGUGCUUCGAAACAGCGAAAUGAAACAGUCCUUUCAAAACGGCAAAAUGGAAGUCGAAAUGAAACCAUGCUGUUUCUCACAGCCACUCCUCCAAGGAGUUGCUUAGGGCCAGCUCUGCAGAAGGACUUAGGCACUGCAAUGCUUACCCCUUAGAGGUCUGAACAACUACAGCAAUCCUCAGCUGUAACUUGGGUACCCAGGAUACCUGUGUAAGUGAGGGAAGAGGAGGGGAGCAAGGUGCCUAAGAACAGAAUCCACAGAAACCAGCAGGCUGAUGAGGAAACUAUAUAAAACUUUGCCAGUAGAAAUGCUCAGGAGAGGGACAAGGCCUAAAUCCAGUUCCUCAAAAGGCAGUUCAAGCACUUAACUCCACUCAGGAUUCUCAGCAAUGAGUCCUCUGCAGUAGUUAGGCAUGCAAGCUAGGUCAGCCCUCUCUCAUGAGGAAGGGGGAAAAAAUCCUUUUCAUAUCUCCUGCUAGCUAGAGCUUCACAUAGGAGGUGGGAGACCUGUUUUCAAAUCCCCACUCUGCCUACUUUGCAACAGGAUCUUGAACCUAGCUCUCACGUCCCAAAAAUUACCCAAUCACUGGCUUAUUGGGUGUUCUGGGAUGAACCUUACCUAGUCUUUCUUGAAGUUGCUCUACAGAGUGUAACUAAUUAGACAGUCAUUUGGAGCACAGAUUUGAACCUGACUGUACCACAUAAGUACCCUAAUCAUCACACUACAGUCAAUCUUUUUUUUCUCCCUCCCUGGUCCUACUAUUUAAUUAUUAAAAGCAGGGGGAUAUGUUCAACAGAAGAGACUGAACAGGACUCUUUCCAGAAUACCAAAUAGCAAAAUAGGAACGUCUGGGUUCAAGGUCCUACUCUAUAUCAGACAGAGAAAGGAAACAUGAAACAGGAAAACAUCUCCCACUGCCCAGGUGAAUCUCUAACCCCUGGGCUAGUAGCUAAAGUAUGAUUCACCUGGUUGAAAAGUAUUUUCCAGCUGUGAGACCCAGUCCAUAGAUUUGCUCUAAAAUAGCUUAUCCAGACUGGGGAGAAUACCUCAUUUAACUAUCCUGUCAGGGCUUAGAUGCAAAGUUGGGCUCUAAGCAAUUUAGCAGUGCCAAAACUUAGGCAGAUUUGUGCGCUAAAGUAGACACAUCCAUGCCUUUCAGGUUAAACAGCAGCUGUGUACAGGGUUGAUUUCAGUGGUACCUAACUGUUGGACUUAAGUGCUUAAGUGUGUUUAUGUAUCUAACCCAAAGUACCUUGCAGGAUCUUGGCCACUGCUGAUGAUUAGUUAUAAAAUUUGAAUGGGGGAUUAAUAGACUUUGUACCCAUGAAGAAAACAAAUGGCAAAUAAUAGGAUGAGUAUAUUUCAUUUUAGCUCAGGUAUUCAUUACAUUGUGUCACCGGUAGAGUGGCUGCAUUUUCUGGCCUGGUGACCUUCUUAACCUUUCCUACUUCCUGUGCAGUACAGUUUUAUGAACAUGCCUCCAAUUAUCAACAAAGCCAAUGCCAGUAUUCACAAAGUAUUUCUAAAAACUGCAACCAGUGGUGCCUGACAAAAAGCUAAUUACUGAGAUACAGACAGUUCAAUAAUUCAUGCUAAAAAUAAGACAUAUUUCAGUCUAUAGAUUUUAGCUGUCCCUUAAGGAAUUCCUCAGUAUAUUGAGAUAUUUUGUGUAUUUAUUAAAGACUAGCUUUAAGACUUCAUGAUUACAUAAAACAUCUUUCAGUCUAUACCAGAUUAACAGAAGGAACUUCCAAUGUCCAAAAUGACAGGAAAAUGUAAAGUGAGAAAGUGGUAUUUGCCUCUCUCAAGGAAUCUGGGGAUUUCCUUUACAUGUUUAAAUUAUGUGAAUGGGUUCUAACAAAGCACUUGUAAAUCAGCUGAAAUAAAGAGAAUUCAGAGGUUAUCAGUGAUGAUAUGUUAUUGAAUAUAACAGUAAAAGAAAAAAUACUGUGUAUUGUUAGCCCAAAAUAAGGUAUGAAGCUUUCAUACUUAUUUUAAUUUAUCAGCAUGUUAGACAUUGCAUCCUUUAACUGUGUGAGAAAUACUGUUGUAAACUAUCAGUGUCUGUGUUUGUGUAUGUGUCUGGUAUUACACACAUACACAGUCAGACAAAAAAAAAAUUCUAUCAUAAAUGGAGCUACAUCCUAUAAAAUGCAUAAUUUAGGACUGGAAUUUGUCUUACCACAUCAGUUUCCUUUGUGCAUUUUAAAACCAUUUUCCUCAUUGUUUUGCUUUAAUCUGUCAAACAGUGAUGGUUCAACAUUUUUUUAAAGGCAUGUUUUUGAAAUGGAGAACUUUGUUUGAUUCAUCUCAUUAAAAAAAAUUAAUAAACCA